AUGUUGGACUCUAUAGCGGAGCAAAACGCGAAGAUGGGAGGCCCCCCGGGAGGGAUUUUGGCGGGAUACACUGACUCAGGAUCAGGUUCGGACGGUGGUUCGGUGAGUGAGGAGAGCGCAGGCGGUGAUUGGCCGAUGCUGGACGCCAUAGAUGAGCAAAACGGCAGGAUGGGAGGCUCGGAAUACGGCUCGGACGGCGGCUUCGAAGGAGGCUGGGAUGGUGGCUUGGAAGGAGGUUCGGAAGGAGAGUGGGUUGACCGGUCAGAUGGAGGUUGGGAAGAUGGUUCGGAUGAAUUUUGGGAAGAUUUUUCGGGCUCGAACUGGUACGACGGCUCGGAUGCAGGCUGGGAUGACGGCUCGGGUGGAGUCUGGGAUGAUGGUUCCGAAGGAAGCUGGGAUGUAGGCUCGGGGGAAGGCUCGGAGGAUGGCUGGGACGAUGGUUCGGACGGAGGUUGGGACGACAGCUCGGAGGGAGGCUGGGACGAUGGUAUGGGAGGUUGGGAUGAUAGCAGCAGCGAUGGCAACAGCACAUGGGAGGGCGACUACGGGAGUGACGACUACGGGAGUAACGACUAUGGGAGUGGAGGUGACGAGUAUUUCGCUGAACCUUCCGAUGCAGAGGACUCGCUUUAUCCCAGUGGCGGCGACUAUUACACUGCUGACAGUGCCGACAGCACUGCCGCACUCAAGCCCAUGGUCCCUCGCACUGCUGCUACUCGCCGCCCGCCACGCGCCGUGGCACGUCCCACGCCUGUUCCUCCGAACCAAGGUACCCGAGCCAAGCCGGUCAAACGCCAAGCCGGGGCUCGAGGCUCGGGCUCUCAAGCCAAGCUGGUGAAGCGUCCGGGAAACUACCACGGCGGUUCGGCCCAUGCCACGCCUGGCCACCACAACGGCAAACCCCGUCCCUCUGCCCACGUGGCAGCAAACCAGCACGCUGAUGAUGCCACUCCUGUCGACCCCCCUGCUGAUGGCGUCCCGAUCCCCCCGGUCCUCCCACCCACCACACCUCCUCCCACAAACGCUCCUCCAAUCGCCCCUCCUCCUACCACCACACCUCCCACCACCCCUCUCCCCACUACCACUCCUCCUACCACCCCUCCCCCCUCCACCACUCCUCCAACCACCCCUCCCCCCACAACCACCCCUCCCCCCACAACCACCCCUCCCCCCACCACCACUCCUCCCACCACUCCUCCCACCACCCCUCCCCCCACAACCACCCCUCCCCCCACUACCACCCCUCCCACAAUCCCUCCUCCCACCACCACUCCUCCUCCCACCGCCGCUCACCACCUGCGCUGCGGCGUGGCCCCAGGCUCACUCCUCAACGCACUCAACUGGGCGUGUGGGCCCGGCGGCGCCGACUGCUCCUCCAUCCAGCCGGGCGGGGCGUGCUUCCAGCCAGGCAACCUCGCCCUGCACGCGUCAGUGGCCUUCAACUCCAUCUUCCACUCCCACGCGCACCGCCCCGGCUCCUGCUUCUUCGGAGGCAAUGCCGUGGUGGUUCCACAUGUGCCCGACUACGCUGCCGGCCCGGCCGCCUGCACCUUCCCGUCGUCCAACGGCCAGUUCUGCGUUGCUGCCUGCCAGGAGAUCCCUGACCCCUACUCUCCCCCUCCGGGCCUCGUUCACCCCGUAUACCCCCAAUACUCCCCCGAGCCGGAUUACCCCCCCAGAGGUGUCGUGGCGCCGGGCGGAGGCGGUAGGGGUGGCUGCGCGGCAGACAUGGGGGCGGUGCAGAGGGCGUUGGACUGGGCGUGUGGGCCGGGCGGGGUGGACUGCUCUCCCAUACUGCCGGGAGGGGCGUGCUGGCAGGGAGAUGGUGCGCUGGUACAGCAUGCGUCUCGCGCCUUCAAUGCAUACUUCUACCGUCACAACCACCAGCCUGGAACGUGCUUCUUUGGUGGCACUGCGGUGGUCGUCCCCCGCGUUCCUGACUAUGCUGCUGGCCCGCCCGCCUGCACCUGGCCCUCGGGAGGCGGUGGCGGGCGGGGCAAAGGCGGAAGGGGUCGCGCGGGGGGAGGAGGAGCCGGGCGGAAAAGACCUCGGAACGAGUUAAUUGACGACGGGGAGCGGGAAGAGUCGUUUUUCGCGCGGGCGGAGGAGGCGGCGGAAGAGGACGCGGAGAUCGGAUCGGACGGGGAGGGGGAGAAUGCGCGCUUGGCGGAGAGCGCGGAGGCGAAGCGCCUGCGCAUUGCGCGGUCGUACCUGACGGAAGUGAAGCGAGCAGCGGCGCUGGCCGCGCGGGAGAAGGCGGACGAAGAGGCGGAAGAGGCGGAGGAUAGAAGCGGGGAAGGGGAGAGCGAAGAUGAGGAGGAGGCGGAGGAAGGGGAUGGAGACGAGGAGGGGGAGGAGGAAGGGGACGAGGGUUUAAGGGAGGAGCAGGACGCGAUAAUAGCUGCCCGAUUAAAGCAAGAUGCGUUAGAAGAGAGCGGCAGGGUGAUCCGGCGAAUCGCAACCCGGUUCAUCCCGUCUACGUCAGCAUCGCCAGGGCAAACAGUGGGACGCAGACAUAAGCAGUCGGUGACAGGUGUCGCGCUCUCAUUGGACGACAGAACGGGCUUCGCGGUGUCAAAAGACGGGCUAAUAGUGGGCUGGGACGUCGAGUCGGGAACCAGCUUUAAGUUUCCCUGGCCCGAAAACUCAAACCCCAACUCCCGGUCGGAUGGGGGCGCGGGGGCAGGUGGUGGAGGCGGAGGCGGAGGCGGAGGCGGAGGGUGGAAUAAAGGGAAGGGGAAGGGGGGGAAGAGCAGCCGGCACGUGCUGAGCGUGAGUGUGAGCGACGACGGGCGCUACCUGGCGGCGGGGGGGCUCGACCGCAUGGUGCACCUGUGGGACGCGCGCACGCGCGCGCACGUCAAGUCGUUUGCGGGCCACAGGGGGGCGGUCAUGUCGCUCGCCUUCCGGCCGGCAUCGCUCGACCUUUUCUCCGCGUCCGCCGACCGCAGCAUCAAGCUGUGGAGCUGCGCUGACGUGGCGUACAUGGAUUCGCUGUUCGGCCACCAGGCGGAGAUAGUGGCGCUACAGGCGCUCAGGCACCCACAGAGGGUCGUGUCCGUGGCGAGAGAUCGGACCUGCCGGCUCUGGAAGGUACCCGAGGAGACACAGCUGGUGUUCAGAGCACCGGCCCCUUCCUGUCUGGACUCGUGUGCCUUCCUCUCGCCCUCCGCGUUCAUCACGGGGGGUGACGACGGGUCGCUGUCGCUCUGGUCCGCCCUCAAGAAGAAGCCCGUGCAUGUCAACUUCGGGUUCGAGGGGUUGGUGCAUGUGACAUUAUCGGGCGCCGUGCAUCACGGCAACAAGGGCGUGGAGGUGUGGCUGCAGACCUUCGCCCCGGGCUACGCCACCAACGUGCGCUCGCAGGAGCAGGACACGGUGGUGGUGGUGCUGAAGGGCGAGGGUGCGCUGCGCUUCCGUCCCAACAGCACAGACCAGGUGUCGCCUGCACCCUUCGCCUCCACGCCCUUCCACCCCAACUCCACCGUCAUCAUUCCGCGCCACACCGUUCAUCAGCUGGUGAACAGCGGCAAGAAGCGCCUGCAGUUCCUGCACAUAUUCAGCAAGCCGCCCAUCAGGUUCAGGGAGUUCACGUCGUGGGAGGAGGCUCAAGGCAAAAAAGUAUUCCCAGGGCCCUUCGACCGCAAGUGCCUUCCUGGCAGCUUCUUCGGCGGGCACAGGGCCCCUCCCAGCCGGGAUGUGUGA